AUGUCUCUCAAUGGGCUAGACACUGCCGCUGUCGUCGAAGCCUACCAAUGUGCUCUGGCUGAUGCAGGUGGAUGGUUUCUUCUAUACUACAUUGCCAGAGAUGAGGUGGCUUUGCUCGAGCGAGGCACCGGUGGGGUGCCCGAGGUGCGCAACGCUAUCGACAACUAUGAGGAGACGUCGCCGCUCUAUGGCUUCCUGCAGUACCGGCGAAGGAAGGUCAUUCUCCGGUACAUGCCCGAAGGGCUGUCCCGGCUCAUUUUAGCGCGAAGCAACGUUCAGUUUUCGUCUGUUCUUGAAAAGUUCACCCCGAACGACACAGUGCUCGUCUUGACUCAAGCCUCCGAUCUCAAUGAGAGUGCCCUCUCAUCCGCAUGUCUCCUUCAUACUGCCUCGGGAUCAAUAACCUCCUCGUCGAGCUCGCUGCGGAGACGUCGGUUGAUGGAAAUAACGGAAGAUGCGGAGGAGAGUGGUACAAAGGAGGAAAAGCAACCGCCGCAAGAACCCCAAGAACCCCCCAGUGAAGUGAGGCAAAGGUCAGGCAGCCUGAAGUCAGAGGCAACUGUCGUGCCACCAGUCGCUUCUUCCCCCGAGAUCGAACAGUCCUCACCUGAUCUCCAUCCACCUCCUUCGCGAGCAAGCUCCCGACCCCCACCUUCUCGCGGAACUCCUAGUGAAACGAACUCAGAAUCCAUGUCUCCUACCCCUCAAUCCCCGGCUUCUAGCUCGGGGCGCUCCAAAUACAGAAAUAUCCUCGACGAGUUUCCCCGGCCAUCAGACGAAGCACGGCUGUCCACGCAAUCGACACGUCCUUCACUACGAGAAUUGGAACGCGCAUCCACAUACUCUUCAACGCCAAAGGUCAAACUGGGCCCCCGACCUUCCUUAGACCAAAGUGGACGUCCCCGCACGUCCGGAAGCUCCAAGAAUGCUGAGCAACGGCCCGUUGCGUCCCUCCCCUCUAAUAUGCGUUCAUCCUCGGUGCGAAAACAAAACGUUGUGGAGCCUCCUCGCCCCCGAUCCCAAGGCAGUUCUUUUGCGACCAGACCUAACAGCCGUGCACCGCCGAUCCCCCCACUCCUCGUCCCUCCUCCGAGUAUUCCCAUUUCGAGACCCCAACUGUCCCCGGGUGCCAAAUCCUUGGGUGCACUGUCUACCUCUUCCGGAUUAACCCCCGAAAAGGAACGACUGAUGAAGGCGCUACAGCAACGACGAAAAGCCAUGGCCAAACGAGCGGAAGACACCAAGAGGAAGUCAAGCAUUGCCGAAGUCGACGAGCCAAAGGCGCAAGCCGAGACCACAAACCUGGAGGAAAACAAGGAGAAUCUCAAUCCGACAUCGGCUGGACCAGAGAAGUUUGAGCCAGGGCCAGAGCUGGACCAGAUAGCACGCGAGCAAUCUUCGGAUCUCCCUCUUCGAACUUUUGAAUCACCUGCACCCGAACUACGUCAUGAGAUUCCAAUGAAGAAUGAAGAAUCCCCAAUCCUGAUUCCGAGCGAGACUUCCGAACCAGAGCCAAUGGCUGACAUUGCUGUGUCAGAUUCCGAAGACAGACCAUCCUCGCAUACUUCGGGCCCUGGUGGUGACACCACAUUCUCUACUGAACUUGGGGAUCUCUCAGAAGUCAUAAAGUCAGAGACGCCUCAGACUGUCCCUGAAGAUGAAACACGCGCCGAGCUCGGCGACUCCGCAAUUUCUGUCCAAACUGAGACUAAGGAGGAACUAGUGUCCCCUAGCGUGAUUGUCGGAGCGCCCCUUGUCCCGGUUUCCACUGAGGUUCCAGAAGUUCCAGAACAAUUGCCAGAACCCAAAGAUUCUCCUUCACCCCCGCCAGAGACCCCUGCUUCUGUGAGUGAGCAGCUGGAGAUUUCCGUGGUGGAGCCAACCCCCGAAGAAACCCCUGAGUCGGCCGAUAUUUCCGCUAAGUCGCCAACGGGUACCCCACCUAGUCCUGAAGUCGAAGCCACCACGGUCGCACCUGUCACCGUGUCAAUUGACCCCGUUCCACUGAAUGAGCAUGCCCUCGAUGAUCCAAGCACCCAAAAAACAAAACAAAUCCCCCUAGACCAGCGACGAAAGAUCCACCUAGAACCAAUCCAGGUUCCAACUCUUGAAUACUCGGAUGAAGACUGCCUGCUUUCGGACGAUUCUUUCAUGGAGGAAUUGCGAUCUGCCACAGUGCAGGAGGCCCGACCUGUUGCCGUUAGCUCGCCUAAUGGUGGUCAACACUGGAGAAGCCCAUCCCGCGCCGUUUCGAGCCCCCAUGGCUUUCCAUCUCCUUCCGCGUCCCAAACCCUCACCGUUGGCGGCCGGUCUACGUCGACCUCAUACCUCGACAAUCGUCCUGUGACCCCGGUGCUCAUGGCGAAGAAAGUGAAUGUUUCAUCAGGCAUCUCCAGCCGCAUUAAAGCCUUGGAAAAGUUCUCGAGCCGAGAGGGCACUCCUAACCCAACUUUAAACGGACCUGGACCAUCCGCCUCUUCUUCCUUUGAGAAUCUCCGCAAGCGUGCUUCGGUCUCCUAUUCUGGCGAUAUUACCCUACCUGAUUUCUCUCGUGCGCCAAGCGUCAACCUACACGACUCGCGCCCUACCACUAGCAUGUCACGCCGCCAGAACUCGAUCUCCGUGACAGCCCCUAUUGUGCGCGAUUCAAAUGACUCACCAGCCCCCUCGGGCUCAGAUCGUUUCGAGUCCGAUGUCCUCAACCUCCAACCCACCCCGCUGAGCGUGGAACAAGAGCAUUCUGCGCCUCAAAGCUUGACCCCACCCCCACCGGUGGAACCUGCCAGCCAUAUGGAGGAUCGCAGCAUGUCUAUGUCAUCCACUGGUUCUAACCGACAGACCCCCAUUUCUCGCCCUGCCAGUCGGCUGUCGUUGUCUUCACGCGCAAAGACUGACGAAAAUCUGCAGUCGUCCUCUCCGACCACUGAGGACAAGAAAUUGUCUCGUGCCUCACGCCUGAUGCGUCGCAUGUCAUCGAUCACGUCCACUUCUCGUCGCAGCAUCAUUGGAGCUCUGAGCUCACCUGUUCGGGAGGAAGACCUCGCCUCCAUCACUGCUGGCGAAUCAGCCAUAUCCCCGGCAUCCUCGCAUCAUAACCUGUCGAAACCCAUCGAGAUUGGCGAGGUCAAUGUACAGUUCCCUGAUACUCUUCUCUGGAAACGUCGACACAUGCGCAUUGAUGAGAAUGGAUAUGUUGUGCUCACGCCUGGCACCACCGACGCGACUGCUCGCAAUAUGAUCAAGCGCUACCACCUCACCGAGUUCCAAAGACCCUGCCUCCCCGAUGAGGACAUGCAAGAACUGCCCAAUAGCAUCCUACUAAACUUUUUGGAUGGCAGCACUCUUCAGUGUGCUUGCGAAUCUCGACAGGGACAGACCUCCGCCCUACAAAGUCUUAUUGACGCUCACACCGCCAACCAAUCAUAG